AUUUGUGUCGCUGAGGAAGGAUGAUCCGCACUUUGACCUCGCAUUCGUCCGUCAUUCGCCGCGCGUCCGUGCGCUCGUUUUCGGCCGCUCCCGAACGCGUCCCGUUGUUCAUCAACGGUGAAUUCGUGCAAUCCAAGACCACCAAAUGGAUUGACUUGCGCAACCCGGCGACCAACGAAGUGAUCUACCAAGUUCCCCAAGCGACCCAAGAAGAAAUGCGCUUGGCGACGGCGUCCGCUGCGGAAGCGUUCAAGACGUGGAAGGAAGUGCCCGUGCAACACCGUCAACGAAUCAUGUUGAAAUUGCAAGCGCUUAUCCGCGAUCACACCGAAGACCUGGCCAAGUCCAUCACGUUGGAACAAGGCAAGACGUUGCCCGAUGCGCGUGGCGAUGUGUUCCGUGGCUUGGAAAUCGUCGAAUCCACGUGCGGGUUGGGCAACCAUUUGAUGGGCGAAACGUUGGGCAACUUGGCCAACUCGUUGGACACGUACUCUUACAAGCAACCACUCGGUGUGUGCGCCGGCAUUUGCCCGUUCAACUUUCCUGCCAUGAUUCCUCUGUGGAUGUUCCCCGUGGGCAUCACGUGCGGUAACACGUACGUCUUGAAGCCUUCCGAGAAGGAUCCCGGUGCUUCCAUGAUCCUUGCGCGUUUGGCCAAGGAAGCGGGGGUGCCCAACGGCGUGCUGAACGUCAUCCACGGCGCGCACGACGCAGUCAACUUCAUCUGUGACGCGCCUGAAAUCCGUGCGAUUUCGUUUGUCGGUGGCAACCACGCUGGCGAAUACAUCCAUGCCCGCGGCACGGCCAACGGCAAGCGCGUACAGGCCAACUUGGGCGCCAAGAACCACGCCGUGAUCAUGCCCGACGCCGACAAGGAGCAAACCGUGAACGCGUUAGCUGGCGCUGCGUUCGGCGCCGCGGGGCAGCGCUGCAUGGCGCUGUCUGUGGUGGUGUUUGUGGGCGAGUCCAAGGAGUGGAUCCACGACAUUGUCGCCAAGGCCAAGACGUUCGCCGUUAACGGCGGGUCCGAGCCCAACACGGACGUAGGCCCGUUGAUCACGCCCGAGUCCAAAAAGCGCGUGGAAGACUUGAUCCAAGCGGGGAUCGACCACGGCGCCGAGUUGCUCCUGGACGGCCGCGGCGUCAAGGUGCCCAAGUACCCCAACGGCAACUUUGUCGGCCCUACCGUCCUUAACAACGUGGACACGGCCAACCCCGCGUACAAGGAAGAGCUGUUCGGCCCCGUGCUGGUCUGCACUAGCGUCGACACGCUGGACGAAGCGCUCAACGUGGUCAACUCGAACCCGUACGGUAACGGCACGUCCAUCUUCACGCAAAGCGGCGCCGCGGCCCGCAAGUUUCAACACGAAGUGGAUGCCGGCCAAGUGGGCAUCAACGUACCGAUUCCCGUGCCGCUCCCAUUCUUCUCGUUCACAGGCUCGCGCCACUCGAUCCGUGGCGACAUUCACUUUUACGGCAAGCAAGGUGUCAACUUCUUCACGCAAACCAAGACCAUUACCGCGCAAUGGGAGUUUGGCAGCAAGACCCAGUACGGCACCGUCAUGCCUACGUUGGGCGGUAAGAAGAAGUAAAGCGCGUGUCGAUGCUGAGUUCACAGCGUAUAUAAUGCAAAUAUCAAGUGCAGAUUUGCCGGAUCCCUCGAU